CAUCACUUCCUGUAUGGGAAAAACUUGAACGGAUGAAAAUGUAGUGUCUGAUGAAAAAUAUGACCAACUGUUAGCUUUUCAGUACAAAGUACUGUGACUUGUCUAAUUUGAUUGAUCAUUGUGCGACUGAAAACAUUCUAUCGAUUGAAAGACUGACCUACCACAGAUGUCAUCGUCUCUGAUGCCAUAUAUCGUCAACAAACUUUGUAGAAGUAGUAACUAAGUAUGAAGUACAUUUAAUGAUUAUAUCUUCAUCAACUGUCAUUCUUGAAUAAGCUAUGAAGGAAAAAUCAAAGACAAAAAAGACAAGAAGUCCACAGAAGAAGAAAGAGCAUGGUGUCCAAACAAUAACUUCUAUGUUCAAGAAGCAACAGGUUGCAAAUACAAGUAAAGUAAACAAGGCUAAAGUUGUUAUGUGUUCAAGUUCAACAGAUGAUGAUGACGCAGUACUGAUAACACAUACAGAAACAGUAUCAGAAUAUUUUUCUCCCAAAGAAAAGACUUCAAAGUUCGUCAAUAAGUUAAGCUUAAGGAAACGUCAGAUCGGAGAAGAUGACAGCACAUCAUGUUCCACAUCAAACAGAAAUGGACAUUUAGCAGAAACAGAAAAGAUUAACAUUGAAAGGUGUGAUCAGACAGAAUCUCAGGCCGAGAAAGAUGUUAAUGUUAAAUAUGAAGUGUCAGAUAAAACUGUUGAAGCUGAUCCACAAGUGUGGUCAUCUAGCGUGAAUACUAACAUUAACUCCAACAAGAAACUUUCACUUAGAAAGCGGAAGUCAUCUUCAGUUGAAGAUACAAGUUUGACCCAAAAACGAUUGAAGACUAAUGGUGAGAUUUGUGAAGGCAGCAGUGGACAGAAUGUUGAAAAAGGUCUACCAAGUAGUAAUCCUUCAAAUUCUAGGGAAACAGAGUCAGAAAGAGACAAGGAAACACAGAAUAAGGACGAUCCAGUGAACUGUCCAGUGACCACUUCACUAACAAAAAGCUACAGUGUAAAGUCAGAUUUCCAUGGAGAGGAAGAAAAUGUAAUCAGGACUCCCUACUAUUUAGAAAAUUUUCGAACAAUUAUUUGUACUAUUCUCUCCUGUGAGGAUAAUUCCAAGCUGUUUAAUGAUGAUGACAGGAAGGUUGUCAGUGUCUUUGAAGAGCUUACAGAACCCGCUCAGAAGUUGUAUGUGAGGUUGUUUGGUAGAAAAUGGAAAUGGCUGACACAGCAACAGAUUAAGUAUCCAGAAAUCAAGGCAGAUCUUAACGCCGUCUUCAGCGAGCUCAACCAGCAAGGCUUCCUCAUGAAUGAAAAUGAUUUUGAUGACUUAGAGAAAGGUCUUAAUCUACUGCCUGCUCCAGAUUUAAAAUCAUUUGCCAAAACAUAUCAUCUGACCUCCAUUGCAAACAAAAAGACCAUCAUUCCAGCUUUACUUAAGAAAUGUACAGGCAAUACAAUAGGAUCAAUGUUUAAAGUAUCAGGACAUGAUCCUCACCGAGUGAUGCUGAAGAGGGUGAAGAAACUUCUAGGGCCGUGUGUUACUUUACGUGAGGAGCCACGGUUUGUCUUCGUCCGGAUGAUAAUGCUUUUCUCCCUUACAGACACCAUUCUAGAUGACGACAAUGCCAAUGCUGGACAAAGUCAACUUUUCAGAAUGUUGCAGGUUAACAUUGGUGACACUGUCUAUCCGACAUUUAAUGUCAACAGAGAAACUCAGAUAUUUAAAGACAGAGAAUCAGUGUUGAGGUUCUCUAAGGCCUGCUUGAUGGAGGCUGAUCUUUGGAGCAAAUUGGAGAAAAAUGACUUUGAAGGUGCAUAUUCAGUUUAUAUUGAAGCAAAAGAGAGAGUUCAAGAGCUGAAGAAGGACAAAGGCUUAGCAAACUAUGAUAAAACAUUGCCAGAUUUCCUGAGACCUUUCACAGCCUUGAGUGUGUACACCCGGAUUAUAAAUCAAGGGGUAGAACUCCUACAGAGGAGAAAGGAAUACACACAGGCAGUGGCAGUACUGAGGAAGCUGCUGAGUCAGCAGGUGUAUUGUGUGGACUACAGGGGCCAUUGGUGGGAAAGACUUGCUCUCAACUAUGAUGCUCACCUUAAAAAUCAAGAAAAGGCCUUGGAGGCAGUAGAAAAUGGACUGAAGGAUCCGACUGUGAUGGCUGGCAGACGACUGGCUCUUUAUCUGAGAGCAGAGAAAAUAUGCACUGUCCCAAAGUCCAAGUUCAAAAACAGAAUGAAAAACCUGCCAGAUGAAAGUGUUCAAGCAACACCAGAGGUGUGUAUUGAAGGCACAGUUCUGUCGGACAACAUGCCUGGUAUGCGGUACAAGUUCAUCAUGGCAGACCCCGAUGGAGACGAGGACAAGCUCACAUUCUGUGGUGUGGAAGAACUGGUCCUGGAGCACUACAAGAACAAUGGAUACCCAGAGGGUUUACAUGCGGAAGGUUCCAUCCUGUCUAACUUGUUUGGUCUGUUUUUCUGGGAUGUUCUGUUUAUGGAUGUUCCGGACGUGUUUCACUCAGCCUAUCAGACACACCCCCUGGAUCUCUACUCUACCCUGUUUUACACAAAUCGAAAGUCAGCCAUCGACCAGCUGCUGGACGAAAUUAACAAGGCCACAGUGGAGGAGCUACACACAAUGAUGACCGCUGUAUGGGAGGCUCACUGUGGAGUGAUGUGCGCUGGUCUAAACUGGGAGAGGUUCUCGUGUCUCAGUCACGCACAGGGCUUAGUUUCUUGUAUUGGAGGCAGAAGACUGUCCCUGAUCCUGGAGCGGUUUGUGAAGAAUCCCAGACACACGCGGUCAGGGUUUCCCGACUUGACCUUGUGGAAUCCACAAACAGGUGCUCUCAAGAUAUGUGAAGUGAAAGGUCCCAAUGACCGGCUCUCUCACAAACAGAUCCUGUGGAUAGACUACAUGGUGUCACUUGGGGUGGAUGCUGAAGUCUGCUAUGUCAAAGCUGUUGGAUCAAAGAGGUUAAAAUCAUCCACAUAGUGCCCAGAUAAAAAACAACCUGUGAUCUGUGUAGGUAACCUGUGACCUGUGUAGGUGACUCGUGUAGGUAAUGUUCUGUUGUUCCUGCAUGUUUUAAAUUAACACAACACGUGUUAAUUUUGAACAAAGUUAUGCAUGUAAUGUAAUAAAAUGAAUCUGUUAUCUCAUGAUGUUCCAUGUAUGGCUACGAAGCCUGGUGUGAAUGUGAUGUAUAUGUUUGAAGUUUAUGUGAUAUGGAAUUAUGAUAUGCAUUUAAAAACUGGUACUGUGAGUUUUGUAGAGUAUUCCAAUGGUAGUGAGAUUUGUGAACUUUCUUUCAGUGCAUAUACACGUAUUAUGAGUACACCUAGUAAUCAUAAAAUUAAUUUGCAUUCCUGUGACUGCACUAGAUGCCAAAAUGGUGUAUUAAAGGACAACUGUAGAAAGAAAAAAAAUAUCAUUAAAUACAGAUUUACAACAAAUUUAAUUUAUGAGCUCUGCACAGAAACCUAUACAUGUGCUCCAAAUUUGGUUGAAUAAUGGUAACCUAAUUGACAUACCGGUACAUAGAUUAACAAGUUUUAACUUGUUUUGCUUAAUGAAUUAUUGUUUCUAUCACAUGUAUAAAUUCAUGUAUUAUGAAUAUUGUGUAAUUUAUAGUAAAUACUAUAUUAUACAAUGAUUGACAUUUUUUAGGUUAAUGUGAUGCUUUUGCUAUAUGAGAAAAAUAUUCACCAAGUCCUUAUGGCAAGAUGAAUAUUGUGCUUUUAGGGUAGUUAAAAUAUCAUAUUGAUUAAGAAGUUUUACUAUAUAAUUGAAUAACAUAAAACAUUGAAACUGGCUGGAGCCUAGUUGGUCAUCUUUGCUGACAGCUAGAGUGCAAGACCUUGUCGAAAGUGAUUAGAUACACAAGUUUUCAUUGGAUGUCAAAAAAAUAAUGACCAAUUGUAUCAUUUUGGAAAUUCCCAAUAUAUUUUUGGUCUGUCGUUGGAAAAAUCAAAUGUUAUAUUCACCUCAAAGGCACGUGGAGAUGAACAUAAUGUUCUAUUUUUUUUAGUAUGUUAAAUCUCGGCCAAUCAGAAAGCUCAGAAUUAUUCAAUCAUAUUGUAGAUGUGUUUACUAAUCCAAUCUAUUCUGUUGAUGUGAUUUCAUAAUACAUUCUUGUGUAAAAUAUACUUUGCAAUGUGCCCCACAGAAAUUCUAGCUGCAGUCAUGUUAUUUUCUCUCUCAGUUUCAAUGGAUAAUAAAUGCUCUUGAUUAGUUUUAAACUUAAAUAUGAUUGAAAUCCUUAUUGAAAAAUAUUUGAAGGACUUUGAGUCAAAACAUUCGAUAUGAAAAGUGGAACUUUUGACACUCUCCCUUGGGAGAUGUGCCAGUAACCGUAUCAUUUUGUAAUUGAAUUCACUCAUCAAAGAUUAUCUCUCACACAUCUAAGUUUGUGUGCAAUCUCAGUCGAAGAGUGGAUUUAGUUUUGUCGUCCUUAUAUGCAAAGUGAUUAAUAGAAGAUUGGUGCUCAAAUUAAUAUUUAGAAAAUUAUAUAUACCGUAUAUUAUGUAUAAAUGCACUGAAUUGUGUUUCAUACAGUUGAUAUUUUAUGUAAUGAAUUUGAGAAGUACAGUUGCAAGUUGAUUAAGAUUUCAGUUUAUCAAUUAAGAUAGCGAUAUGCAAACGGUUGUACUGCCUAUCAGUAGUGAUAUAUAAAUGGUUGUACUGCCUAUCAAUACUUUUUUCUUUGUGUUCAUUGUUACCUCACAAUCAGUACUCAACUCAGUUUGGGCAAUUAUUGUUUUAUUUGUGUUUGGGCAAUUAUUGUUUUAUUUGUGUUUGUACAAUUAAUGUUUUAUUAGUGUUUGUACAUUGGACUUAUUUUAUAGAUCUUUUGUUUGUUAUAAACAAAAUUGGCGCAUUUUUAAAGAUAAUUAUAAUAAAGAAGAAUUUAU